AUGAAGUGCCCCAAGACACCAGAAGAAUGGAACGACGUAGCAAAACGAUUCACCUCAAAGUGGAAACACUUCAAUUGUGUGGAAGCCCUGGAUGGGAAGCACAUCGCAAUCAAGAAACCCAAAGGUGGAGGAUCACUGUACUUCAUUUAUAAGAAGUUCCACAGCAUCGUACUCAUGGACCUCUCCGAUGCAAAGUACAAGUUCCUGUUCGUCGACGUCGGUGCAGAAGGAGGUGCUGGGGAUGGAGGAACCUGGCAGAAGUGCAACCUGGCCAGGGCCAUCACAAACAACCGAGCAGGACUCCAAAAAAACAGAAAUCUGCCCAACGACGACGAACCCAUCCCCUUCCACAUAGUCGCUGACGAUGCCUUCGCUCUCAAGUCGUGGAUGAUGAGGCCCUACUCCCACCAAUUACAAGAUCCCACCGAACGACUAUACAGCUACAGAUUAUCUCACGCUCAUUGUGUGGUGGAAAAUGCAUUUGGCCUGCUGCAGAUGAGAUGGUGA